AUGGAGAAAAACGAUGAUCAACUACGACGAUUCUCUUCCCAUUCAUGGUGGUGGGAUAGCCAUAAUCGCUGCCCUCAUUCUCAAUGGCUCCACACCACUUUAUCAGAGUUGGAUAGAACGAUAAAGAUGAUUUUGGACGUAAUUGAAGACGAUGAUGGAGACACAUUCGCAAAGAGAGCCGAGAUGUACUACGGAAAGAGACCACAACUCAUUAAAAUGGUCGAAGAGCUUCACAGAUCAUACCGAGCUUUGGCCGUUAAGUAUGAUCAGCAGCAGCAGCAGCAGCUAAUGUUAAAAUCCCAAGCAUUACUUUUCAAUUUUCAUCAUCAAGAGAAUACAUUGUUGGAUUCUUCACAAAACCAGUUGCAUAAUGUGGAGCAUCCGAGUGUUAAUCCUGCUUCUGAAUCUGAAAAUUCCAACUUUGAGUUUGAGUUGUCCUCAAAUACUGUCUCGAGUUCAAGCAAGAACCCCUCAAAUUAUAAGGGAUCAGAUCAUGUUCAUUUAAUAAGUGAGAAGGACACUAACGAUGGAUUCCCAAUGGAGAAAAUUUGGACUCAACGUUUACAUCUCUUUAAACUUCUGGAGGAGAAUUUGUCCGAGUUGAUAAGAAGAAAUGAUGAGAAGAGGACAGUAAUCAACGAGUUAGAGAAGGAGAACUGGAUUCUCAGAAAUUCACAGUCGACGCUCAAAGUGAAGCUGAAAGCAAAACUGAAGGGAUGCUUCUGCUUCCAAUGA